AUGAAUGCACUUGGAAAUAAUCAAAUGAUUGCCCCAAAAAUUCAAAAGCAACUGGUGAAUUCUUGUGCAGUUGAGACCUCAAAUGCUAUUCUAGUUGAUCUUGGAGAUAGGUGGUUCACUUUACUACUUGAUGAGGCUCGUGAUUGUUCAGUGAAAGAGAAAAUGGCGGUUGUUAUUAGAUAUGUGAACAAACAUGGAGAGCUGAUUGAACGAUUUAUGGUUGUAUUUCAUGCUGAAACAACUACAGCUUCUUGUUUGAAGGAGGUGAUCGACUCUUUAUUUGCUAAGUAUGGUUUGUCAGUAGCGAGAUUGAGGGGUCAAGGAUUUGAUGGUGCUUCAAAUAUGUCUGGAGAAUUUAAUGGCUUAAAGGCACUGAUAAUGAAAGAAAAUCCAUAUGCAUUAUAUGUUCAUUGUUUUGCUCAUCAACUCCAGCUAGUGAUUGUAGCUGUUGCUCAAGAAAAUCAAUAUGUUUGUGAUUUCAUGUGGAUUGUUGGUUCGGUUGUGAACACAUCUGCAUCAUCUUGCAAAAGGGCCGACAAACUUCGACAACUUGAACAUGACAAAAAAGUUAAACUUCUUGAAAGAGGAGAGAUUAGUUCAGGUAUAGGGCUAAACCAAGAAACUAGUCUAGCUAGACCUGGAGAUACACAAUGGGAGUCACAUCUUUCAACUUUAUGUCGUAUUGAACAAAUGUGGCCAUCUGUUAUAGAGGUUGUUCAAAAUUUGAUUGAUGAUGGUGAUCAUUCUUCUAAGGGUUUAAGUAGAACUUUGGUUGAAAAAAUGGAGAGGUAUGAAUUUGUGUUUAUUCUACUAUUGAUGAAACAUAUAUUGGCAAUCACAAAUCAUUUGCCAACUGUUCUACAAGAGAAAGAUCAAAAUAUUGCGAAUGCGAUGCGUUUGAUCAAUAAUGUAAAAGGCAAAUUGCAAAAGUUGAGAGAUUCUAGAUGGGAUGUUUUACUUGAGGAUGUGAAGAAGUUUUGUAACACUCAUUCCAUUGAAAUAAUGAAGGCAUUUCAGAUUUGGGGGAUCUUGCAAAGAAAAUUAUUGAAACAAUGA